CAUGUCCAGUCUUCUACAUCUGUAGUCAUUGGGUUUGUCAAGAAUAACCUAUAAGAAUCAUGGCAAAAGACCUCCACAAAUGUUUGAUUAAUUAUUUCUCACAACUAGAGAAAGUAGACUGUAAGUGGAAGGAACUAUCUGAAGAAGCUGAACGACCCAUACAAGCCUUAAGGAAUCAAUCGGAGCAACUCCGACUUGUAACAAGCAAAGAGGUCAAAGAUGCAGAACUCUGUAAGAUGAACGAAGUACACGAAAGAUUGAUUUUUAAAAUUCUUAUGGGAAUUACCAACGAGCUCGUAUUAAUUUUUGAUAUUUUAACGCGCUUCAAUAAUAUUAAUCAAGACCUUAAAAAUCGGUUGAAAAAUUUAGAAGAUGCUCGAAGUAAAGCUUCAUUAAACGAAGAAACGAUGAAAGACUUAAUUAAUGGAUCACCUUAUAGACCCAGAUUAAAUUUACUUUUGGAAUGGGCCAUCGAUGCCUUUAAUCAUUAUCACGAAUUAUAUCUCUUGAUCAAUGGAAAUUUAAGAAAGUAUGAUUAUAAAGACGAAAAAAUGAUCGAAGAUUUAAGGAAGUCUUUUGUUGAAGAUAGAUUCAAAAGAUCACGAAUGGAUCAAAUACUUGGUUCCACACAAUUCCUAAUAAAAGAAACUGUUCGCUGAAGAACCUUAUUUAUUGAGAUUAAAUAAUGUAAAUUAAAAAAGGAAUGUUUUUAUGAAAAAUUUUGUAUAGCAAUAUUUGAAAU